UUUCACUUUCAUGUAUGGAUCGAAUCAUUCAUGGUCACAGCCUCAUCUAGUAACUGACUUGCAUCACCACUGUUAACUAUACUGGACACCGCGACCCUCAGAAGCAUCGUAGCUCAGUCAACACAACGUCGCGAUGACCAGCGUUGAUGGCAUGGCAAAUAGUCCCCAGCGACGCACGCGCGCUGAAACCCUCCGGUUUGAAGAUGGCAGCGUUAUCCUGAUAGCCCAGGAUCGCGAAUUUCGGGUUCAUCGCUCCCUGCUCUCGCGCGAGUCAUCUGUCUUCCGCGACAUGUUUUCUUUCCCUCCGCCUGCCGAUAUGCCCACCGAGCAUGGAUGUCCGAUCGUCACACUCUCGGACGACGCGGGUUAUCUCCAAAGCCUUCUCGGUGUAAUAUACGAUCGCGACUUCUACAGAGGGUCAUCGCUGGACCAGAUGUCAUAUCAUGAGCGCAUCGAGAUAUCCACGGGUAUCAUAUGUCUGGCACAUAAAUACGGCAUGAACAAUCUCUUCCAGGAGGCCUUCUGGCGGUUGCAACAAGAGUACCCAACCAGUUUCUACAGCUUUCAUCGACUCGCACAUGUAUACCCAUCCAAGCAUUCUCGGAGCGAAGUCCAAUUUGCUCUGAUACGUCUCAUCGGCGUUGCAAGAGCCAUUCCGGCCCCUGAGCUCAAAGACAUGAUCCCAGUGCUAUUCUAUCUCGGCACACAGCUCAGAGAUGAUGUGUUGCUCAAUGGCGUGCUCCGCGGAGACGGCUCACAAGCGCGGCUACACUCUGACGAUCUGAGGACCUGCAUCGAGGGCAGGGCAUCCCUUGUGGCGGCCAACACAUCUGCGAUGCUCUGCUUCCGUCCUAUGCUCAAGAACCUGUCCCGCCGCUGCACGAGUCAAAACGCUUGCUUCACCUCCUUGGUGAAGAUGGUCUGCGACGGAAUGGAGGAAGGUGUCUUCGCGCAUGCAGAUCUGCUGCGUGAUAUGACAGAGUGGGUCAAGGAAGGGAAUACACGAUGGCAUCUAUGCGGUGUCUGCGUGGAGCAGCUGUUGAUGAAUCAUUCGGAAGCUCGCAAAGCUGUUUGGGAGGAGUUGGCGACCAUAUUCCAUCUCGCCCCAUAGCCUCAGUGCGGCUCGAACAUGCGGAUAUGUGUUUUCCUUAUUGCGCAUGCCGCAUAGCCCGCAAGUGUUCCACGUAGCAGCUAGAGUAUGACCGUGACCGGUCUCUGAGUCGAGUCCCCGACGCCGGAUUAGAGGCUCGUUUGAUUUGCGUACUCCUUAGCAAGCGGAACUUACUACAUUACCAUGUAUUCGCCACUACUAUACGACACAGUCGUGAACAUUCAACCCGAA